GCGAAGUCGAGGACAGAUGGUCUACGGAGCUGGUGGUUGAAUCCUUCGAAGUCUACCGUCGGAAUUUCGAGCAGAGUGGGGGCGGAGUCAGAAUCGGAUUCCUCAUGGCGGCUUCGAAGCUUCAAGCGCUCUGGAACCACCCAGCAGGUCCCAAGACCAUUCACUUCUGGGCACCAACUUUCAAGUGGGGGAUCAGCAUAGCCAAUGUUGCCGACUUUGCGAAACCUCCGGAAAAGCUAUCCUAUCCUCAACAAAUUGCUGUUACAGCCACUGGGCUUGUCUGGUCCCGCUACAGCACGGUUAUUACGCCGAAAAACUGGAAUCUCUUUAGCGUGAAUGUUGCGAUGGCUGGAACUGGAUUCUACCAGCUGAGUCGGAAAAUACGGUAUGACUACUUCUCGGAUGCUAAACCAGAAGUUGCAAAAGAAUGACACGGAUGAUGAUGAUAAUGAUUUUCCGCAUGCAACGUAUUGCUUUUCUUCAUGAUCAACUCAGAACAGAUCCUGCUGUUACUGCUUUUUGAUCAUAAUAAUCGUUUAUUUGACCCAUUCUGAAUUGUUCAGCUUCGUACUUUGGUUGACGGCUUUCAAUUGUUGAAGCAGUGGAUUGGUGGAUGGUAGAAGUUCUCAAAUAGAAAUGCUCUAUCAUGUUGAUUCUUUUGAUA